AUUUGCUUCGGUAAAGCCGGAAUUGAAAGGCAUAAGAAGCGCCAUAAUUCCCCAGAGUCCAUUAGUGGGAAUGGGGAGCGACGAACAAAACGCCAUGGCUGAGCAGCAACUUCUGAGCAUGGGCUUUCCGCAAGACUUAGCCGCCGAAGCUCUUACGGCAACCGGCGGCGAUAUCGUUAAAGCUACCGACUGGAUUCUCCACAAAGAUUCUUGCAAUUUCAACCCAAAAUCUCUGUCUCCUUCUACUACCGAUCAACGCUCGUCCCCUCCUCCAUUUCAGCCCAAAAUCGAUCGCUUCUUUCAAUUCCAAUCCAAACCCCUAACCUCCACCUAUAUAUCAACCCUUAAACCCACUGUUACUACUAAGGGGUUGGCGACCCAUGAAGAAGAAGAAGUAGAAGAAGAUUAUGAACCCCAACUAACAAAGCGUCCUAAAUUAGUAGUAGAAUCUGAAAAAGAAAAGAAAAAGAAACCCCCUCACGAACCCUUGUCCGAACGAAUGCGACCUCGUACCCUAGACGAGGUUGUUGGUCAAGACCAUAUUUUGGCGCAAAAAUCCCUUCUUCGAUCAGCCAUCGACUGCGGUCGUCUCCCUUCACUACUCUUGUGGGGUCCACCUGGUACCGGCAAAACCUCCAUUGCUCGAGCCAUAGUCAACACUUGCUCUGCUCCUGAAAAUAAUAUAUACCGGUUUGUCUCCUUGUCGGCAGUCACUUCGGGGGUUAAGGAUGUUAGAGAUGCUGUUGACGAAGCGAGAAGGCUGAAAAAGAAGAGCAAUAAGAGGACUAUUUUGUUCAUUGAUGAAGUUCACAGGUUCAACAAGGCCCAACAAGAUUCCUUUUUGCCGGUUAUUGAGGACGGCAGUGUUAUUUUCAUGGGAGCAACUACUGAAAACCCAUCAUUUCAUUUGAUUACGCCGUUAUUGUCCAGGUGCAGAGUUUUGACUCUCAAUCCCUUAAAACCCCAACAUAUUGCUUCCCUCCUCAGGCGUGCCGUGGCUGAUUCUAACAAGGGGCUGUGUUGUUCUAUGGGUGAGAUGUUGAAAAUUAAAGUGAAUGAUGAGUGUGUAGAGUUUCUUUCAGAAAAUUGUGAUGGAGAUGCUAGGGUGGCAUUGAAUGCCUUGGAAAUCUCAGCUACCACUGCUGCUGCACGGUCGCAAAUGGCGAGAGGAUCAAACGGGGGGUUAGAGUCUGCAGUUAUAACUCUGGAUGAUGUAAAAGAAGCAACGCAGUGUAAGCAUUUGGCUUAUGACAGAGCAGGGGAUGAACAUUAUAAUCUUAUCAGCGCGCUUCACAAAUCUAUGAGAGGAAGUGACGCUGACGCUUCCAUUUAUUGGCUGGCGAGAAUGUUGGAAGGGGGUGAAGAGCCUCUCUACAUAGCCCGCAGGCUGGUCAGGUUUGCUAGUGAAGAUGUGGGGUUAGCUGAUCCAUUGGCUCUUUGCCAGACGGUUGCUUGCUACCAAGCUUGCCAUUUUAUCGGCAUGCCCGAGUGCAAUGUUAUCCUUGCUCAGUGUGUUGCUUAUUUGGCCCUGGCUCCCAAGUCUAUUUCUGUCUAUAGAGCAAUAGGGAAAGCUCAAAAAGUGGUAAGAGAAUCAGUUGGACAAAAUGAAGGGGUUUCCCUUCAUCUUAGGAAUGCACCAACUAAGCUAAUGAAGGAUCUUGGUUAUGGGAAGGACUAUAUUUAUCCUCCUGACAAUCCGAACUCAUCAUCCCAGACUUAUUUGCCACCAUCUCUUCAAGGUUAUAAGUUUCUCGACUGGCCAAACGUUGCAGCAAAUGAUCAAUGAUGAGGAUAACAUGACAAUGUUAUGGCUUUCUGAAAAUAGCUUCUUUUGCGGGUUAGCACUGUUUCUUCUCCCUUUUAUCUAGUUGUGGGAAUUGUUAGUGAUCAGGCUAAUCUUUAGGAAUUUUGCGCCACUCUAUUGUCAUUUUUUGGGUAACUUUGACUUUUAGCUUUGAGCAAUGAGCAGAGGAGGAAAAAACUUCUGGUUUAGAGGGAUUGAAUGAUUCCUUUUUUUGGUUGUAGUUUUGUCAGAUUUUAUGUGCAUCCCCUCUAUUUUGUCCUUGCUUUUGGCCACAUCUGGAAACAAUAUAUAUUACAUGGGAGGUUUACUUUUUCCGCUUU